AUGGCGCAUUAUAGGGAUUCCUGGGAUGGGUACAGGGCCAAUCGCAAUCGUAUCUUGGACCAUCUAGUUGGCGGGCACAUCGAUAAUGCGAUCAUCCUCUCAGGGGACAGCCACGGAAACUGGGUCUCUGAUCUAGCCCAUCCAAAUGACACCACAAGUUACAACCCCAUCACUGGCGCGGGUGCCGUUGGUGUUGAAUUCGCGGGCACUGCGGUGACAUCUACGUCCACCUUCGGGGCUGAUACCAAUCAGUCUAUAGCAGAGGGCCUUUCACGCCAAUUGGUACAAGCUAACCCCGACUUACAAUGGAGCGAAGGAUUCUUCAGAGGGUUUUACACGCUUACCGUCGAUGUCCACCAAAUCAAAGCCGACUUCUUCGCAAUGAGGAACAUCACUAUUCCAAAUCUCGAGGCCUUCGUAUCCGCAAGCUUCAUUGUCGAAAACGGUGCCAAUAAGUUGAAACGACCCAUUGCAGGAGGGAAGAUAAACGCAGGAGCAUUGAAAUCUACUCGCGAGGAAUGA